CCACAUAUAAAACAUUAGACUGUCGUGACUCGCACACACUCGCUCAGAGUUGGAAGGACUUUCUAAAAGAGUGAGGGAUAGCAGAAUAAGCAAAAAGAGAAGGGAGAAAAUGGGAAAAUCUACUUCCUGUUUCAAACUCAUCACCUGCGGCGGCGAUUCAGCUGGAAAAGACGCCGCCGUUGAUGUUACCGAGAGUAAAAGAUCAAGUGACAGAAAGGGAUGGAGUUUUCGGAAGAGAUCUGAACGACAUCGGGUGCUGAGCAACACUGUGAUACAAGAAGCUACCUCUGGAGGACUUAAGGAAAGUCAAGAAUCUGCUGGUUUUGAGUUUCAGCAGCCAGAUGUCUCCGUUUCUCCUAAUAAAACCUCCACCGUUCAGUUUACUGAAGAGAAACCUCAGCUGAUCACCCCUAAAGAGUACAUUGAAGAAAGAUCUGAGUUCGUGGUACCAAAAGAGUACGAUGAAGAAAAAUCUCACUCGGUGAUGCCAAUAGAUGUUGCCGAAGAAAAAUCUCAGUUGCUGACACCGAUUAAAUGCUCUGAAGAAAAUUCUCAGCCAUUGACUCCAGAGGAACCAAAAGUGACUGAACCUGUCUCUGCCACUACAAAUGAGGCUGAAGAUGAUUCCACCCCGGAUGAAUCUCUUGCUGUUACCAUCCAGACAGCAAUCAGAGGGAUCUUGGCACGGAAAGAGCUAGAAAAGCUUAGGAAUUUAGUUAAGUUGCAGGCUGCUGUACGCGGGCACUUAGUCCGAAGGCAUGCUGUCGGGACCUUACGCUGUGUUCAAGCCAUUGUCAAAAUGCAACUUCUCGUACGUGCUCGCUUAUCUCAAAAAGGGUCUUAUGCCGAAAAGAAGCCGGAUGGCAAGGGCCAAGACGACAAUCAAAGAUUGCAGGGAAGCUCAGCAACAAAAAAGAACUCAAGUUACAAUUCCAUGGAGAAGCUGCUUAGCAAUAGGUUUGCUCGUCAGAUAAUGGAUUCGACUCCGAAGACCAAACCUAUCCACAUCAAGUGUGAUGUAUCUAAACCUAAUUCUGCUUGGAGCUGGUUGGAGAGGUGGAUGUCUGUGUCUUCAUCUGAAAAGUCAUCGAGAGCAGAGUUACCUAUUGAACAACCUGAACAAACGAAAAGCCACGAUUGUGACUCUCCACUUACUGCUGCGGUUCCACCUGAGGUUAUUGUGUCAAAUGAACCUGAUGUAGGGGAGACAUUGGUUUCAUCAGAGAGUGAAGAAAAUCUGAUCACUUAUGAUGCAGCCAACUUUAAUUUUGAGGCACACCAACCGGCUUCCUCUACUGUGACGGAUGAUUUGGAGCAACACCAGAUUGACCAUGUGAGUACAUCCGACCUGAAAGAGACCUCUCUAGAGAUGAACUCACAAGGGAAAACAAUGCAAACCGAUGCACAUUCUCCAAUAGAGGUCAGUUGUCUUUCUAACAAGCCUGAGAUGGAGAGUGAACAACCCAAACAUUCUAUGAAGAGAUCUGCUUCUGAACAACUGGAAAAGGAGGCAAAGAAAUCUGUAUUUGGAUCAAGAAAGGCAGGUAAUCCUGCAUUUAUUGCUGCACAAACCAAAUUUGAGUUGAGUUCAACAGCCAAGCCACGUAGAUCAAUUGAUUCAUCCCACCAAGAUGUUAAAGUGGAAUCAAACUUGGAUACUGUGUCAUCUGGGACAGAUAUGAUAAGCGGAUCAAAGGAGCCUAGCUUCGCAGAAAAUCCGGUCCUCAGUAAUUGGAAGAUUCAUCAUGGUGGCUCUGAAUGUGGCACUGAACUUUCUAUUACUUCCACUCUCGAUUCGCCUGAUACAUCUGAAGUUGGAACCUUAGAAAAUGAAAAUGGAGCCAAAGUCUUGGAGCAAGAAAACCGCAGUUCUAAUAGUCUUAAAGAUUUGGAUGUGAAAGGCAAUGAUACAGUUGAGAUGCCAGUGCCUGAUUCUUCUCUGUCUGUUGCUGAUCAGCCUGAGAAACUUGAAGGUUCAAAAGCGGGAUCAACCAAUUCAAUUGUUGUAGACUCCCCUCAAAUCGAGCAGGAGCCACUCGAAAGCACAGCUUAUCUGCAGAGAGAACAAGAUUCUAUAAAUCAAGCAUACAGGUCAUCCCCCGAAGUCUCACCGCGCAGCCAUAUGACUGUUCCGGAGUCCCAAGGAACUCCUUCUAGCGAGGUAUCAGUGAACCCUAAAAAGAAAAAAGCUGGCAAGAGCAGUCAAAAGCGCAAGUCCUUGUCUGCAGCCAAAUGUUCUCCAUCAACUCCAGUUGCUAGUGGCGUAGAACAGUUGCCCAAAGAUCAGAAAAACAGUAAGAGAUGCAAUUCUUUUAGCUCAACUAGACCUGAAAACAUCGAUGAGGAGCCAAGGGAUAGUAACAGUAGCAAUUAUGUCCCUCGUUUCAUGCAAGCCACGGAAUCUGCAAGAGCUAAGCUCAAUGCAAAUAAUUCGCCAAGAUCAAGUCCGGACGUGCAAGACAGAGAAAUAUCUAUCAAGAAGAGACAUUCCUUACCUGCCACUAAUGGGAGGCAGGGUUCUCCAAGAAUCCAGCGAUCAUUGUCUCAAACCCAGCAGGCUGCAAAAGGAAAUGGUUCCAAUCCUGUUCCUGAAAGGAGAUGGCAAAGGUGAGGGCUUAUUCGUAGCCAACCGUGGGCCGUGGUACCAUGGCAUUCGACCCCUCAGAUUGAGAAGCGGAGCUGAUUGUUGUUCUUACCAUCUUAGUCAUAUGCCAAAGAAUUAUUUCGCCACAUCAGUUAAAUAUAUCUUGUAUAUUAGUAGACCACAACCAUUGACAUUUCAUUAUUAUUUUUUUUCCUUGAAACUUUCAGCCUGGGAUGUUUGUGUAUUUUUUGUUGAACGGUGUUUGGUGUGAUAUUUAUUCAGGUUUGCCACGGCAUUUCUUUA